AUGAAAGACGGAUUCAUAUUUACUGAUUAGCACAUUCCUAAUUUAUUUGAUUUUGAGUUCAUUAUAGAUAUAAUGGAUAAAAAGAAAAGUGAAGAUGUCAUUUAAGCUAUAAUUGUUAUUUAGAGCUUUUUCAUCUAAGAAAUAGAGCAAUUAUUAGAAGAAAAAUAAAAAGGGUGCUUUUCUGUUUAUGACUGUCUUUUAAAUAUAUAUGACGCAUCUAAUAAACAUUUAAUUAAAAUAUUUAAUGAAAAUCCUAUAUUAGAGUUUUAGUAAAAGCUAUUUUUGGAGAGACAGUAAAAAAUGAAUAAAAUUACCAAAGGAAAGUAGCAGUUUAUAACUUAGUCUUAGGAAAAUGUUUUUUUUAACUUUCCAAAAGUGAAAGAUUUUGUAGAGAAUUUUAAAAACAAUUCUAGUAACUUGUGCAUGCUAGUUCUGGAAAACUAAAAUAAUUUAGACAUAUCUGUUUUAUUUAAAUUACUGCAAACCACUUUUAAACAAAAGUUAGAGUCUGGAAUGUAUUCUUAAGUUUUAACAAGUGUUCAUGAUUUGCCUCAACUAUAACUUAACAUUGAAAAAUUUACUCAAAAAAUUUACUCAUUAGAAGAUAAAGCCUUGCUUUUAAAGUAAAAACUCAAUACCAACUAAUAAAAAGAAGAAUCUUUAAUAAGCAAAUAUUCCAAAUACAGUAACUCUAGCUAAACUUAAACAAAAAGUAAAGCUGAUAUUUUAGACGAUAUCAAACUUGUCAUUAACGAUAGGAAAAAUUCUCUUCAAAAUCAAAAAUAUAAUCAUUCCAUGUUUUAUAAAUGA